UCAGAUCGUCAAGUUUCGUUGUAUUUGUGUUGUGUGAGAUUUGUUAAGGUGCUCCUGCAAUUUUCUCAAUUUUCUUCACAAAUCCCACGAAGAAAAUAACUGCAUUUUAGGCUGCUGAUCGGGCAUCUCUUCUGUUUUGGGAUCAAUCGGCCAAGAAGACAAGCGCGAUGGGUUCGCUGUUUCGGAGCGAGGAAAUGACCUUGUGUCAAUUGUUCCUCCAGAGUGAGGCUGCGUAUGCCUGUGUCUCUGAGCUGGGAGAAUUGGGACUCGUUCAAUUUCGCGAUUUGAAUCCCGAUGUGAACGCUUUUCAGCGAAAAUUCGUCAAUGAGGUGCGUCGGUGUGAUGAAAUGGAGCGCAAGCUGCGCUAUCUUGAGAAGGAAAUUAAGAAAGAUGGUAUCCCAAUGUUGGACACCGGGGAUAGCCCUGAGGCUCCGCAACCGCGUGAAAUGAUUGACUUGGAGGCAACUUUUGAGAAGUUGGAGAAUGAGUUGCGUGAAGUGAAUCAGAAUGCUGAAGCACUGAAGAGGAAUUUUCUCGAGUUGACCGAACUGAAGCAUAUUUUGAGGAAAACUCAAGUGUUCUUCGACGAGGCAGGACCUUCAUUUGUCAUGCCUACGAUAAGAUCCCGCUAUAAACAGAUGGCGGAUGCAAAUCGCGAAGAGGAGCAAAUUCAGCUGCUCGGAGGUGGAGAAGAGAACGUCAGAGCAACUCAAGCGCAAGGACAAAAUCUCAAGCUUGGCUUUGUAGCUGGAGUUAUUUUGCGGGAGAGACUGCCAGCCUUUGAGAGGAUGCUGUGGAGAGCAUGUCGUGGAAAUGUCUUCUUGCGUCAGGCAAUGAUUGAAUCUCCACUGGAGGAUCCAUCAAAUGGCGACAAUGUGUACAAAUCGGUGUUCAUCAUUUUCUUCCAAGGCGAUCAACUGAAGACACGCGUGAAGAAGAUUUGCGAAGGUUUCCGGGCAACACUGUACCCAUGCCCAGAGGCACCGUCGGAUCGCCGGGAAAUGGCAAUGGGUGUGAUGACACGCAUUGAGGAUUUGAACACUGUACUGGGCCAGACUCAGGAUCAUCGGCACCGUGUCCUCGUGGCGGCGGCGAAGAACUUGAAGAAUUGGUUCGUGAAAGUGCGCAAAAUCAAGGCAAUCUAUCACACGCUCAAUCUCUUUAAUUUGGACGUGACACAGAAGUGUCUCAUUGCGGAAUGUUGGGUGCCGGUACUUGAUAUUGAGACCAUUCAGAUUGCAUUGCGUCGCGGUACGGAGCGGAGUGGAUCGUCGGUGCCGCCAAUUCUCAAUCGAAUGCAAACCUUUGAGAAUCCACCGACGUACAAUCGCACGAAUAAGUUUACAAAUGCUUUUCAAGCACUCAUUGAUGCAUACGGUAUUGCGAGUUAUAGAGAAAUGAAUCCAGCACCGUACACCAUUAUAACGUUCCCCUUUUUGUUUGCCGUGAUGUUUGGUGAUUUGGGACAUGGAUCAAUUAUGGCACUCUUUGGCCUUUGGAUGGUACUUAAGGAGAAACCAUUGGCGGCUAAGAAGAGUGACAAUGAGAUUUGGAAUAUUUUCUUUGGGGGUAGAUACAUAAUUUUCCUCAUGGGAUGCUUCUCAAUGUACACGGGGCUCAUUUACAAUGAUGUCUUCUCCAAAUCACUCAAUAUCUUUGGGUCACAUUGGCGAAUUAAUUACAAUACGAGCACUGUGAUGACAAAUAAGGUGCUUCAACUUGAUCCGGGGACAGAGGAUUACCUACAGUACCCAUAUCCAUUUGGUAUGGAUCCCGUGUGGCAGGUGGCACCACUCAAUAAGAUUAUCUUCCAGAAUGCGUAUAAAAUGAAGAUUUCCAUCAUUUUUGGUGUAAUCCACAUGAUCUUUGGUGUAAUGGUGGGCUUGUGCAAUCAUCGCUACUUCAAGAAUAAGAUGGCAAUCUACUGUGAAUUCAUCCCACAAAUUAUCUUCCUUGUUUUCCUCUUCUUCUACAUGGUACUCAUGAUGUUUAUCAAAUGGGUGCGAUUCUCAGCAUCAAAUGAUGGGGCAUUCUCUGAGAAUUGUGCUCCAUCCAUUCUCAUUACCUUUAUUAAUAUGGUUCUGAUGAAAUCUGUUGAUUGGGAUCCAGAAACGGAUAUUUGUUCCCCAUAUAUGUUCAGUGGGCAGGCGGCAUUGCAGAAAUUCCUGGUAAUUGUGGCAGUUUUGUGUAUUCCAUGGAUGCUGCUGGCAAAGCCAAUUCUUAUUGCGCGUUCCCGGAAGAAUGAGCAUCAUCAGCCGAUUGUUCCGGUUGAGAAUGGCGAUGCAGAGAAUGGAUUGAAUGCACAGAGUGCUGUAGCACAGCAGGCACCAGCUGGUGGGCAUGAGGAAGAGGAAGAAAUGUCUGAGAUCUACAUUCAUCAGGGUAUUCAUACCAUUGAGUACGUCCUGGGAUCUAUUUCGCACACAGCUUCAUAUUUGCGUCUGUGGGCUCUGUCCCUGGCUCAUGCUCAGCUCUCCGAGGUGUUGUGGAAUAUGGUGCUGCAGGUGGGACUCAAACAGGACGGAUGGGUGGGGGGUGUUGUGCUAUGGGUUGUCUUCGCCUUCUGGGCCAUCCUUACGGUGGGCAUUCUUGUCCUCAUGGAGGGUCUGUCGGCCUUCUUGCACACCCUCCGUCUCCACUGGGUGGAAUUCCAGAGUAAAUUCUACGCUGGACAAGGCUAUGCCUUCCAGCCGUUCUCCUUUGAGAAUAUCGUCGAUGCUCAGGGAUCUACAUCGGAGGAAUAAGAAGCUUGCCCCAUACGGCAGAAUUAGUAGCAAAAUAUGCACACAAAACAAUUUUAAUCGAAUAGCAGCACUUUAAUGCUUAUUGUGGCUCAAAAUGUUUCCAUGUUAAAGAAGAAAUUUCAAAAGAAAAAUAAUAAAUUCUUAAAGUUUCAUGUUCGUGUAAAAGAAAAUUCAAAUAAAUGUCUUGCUUCAGUUGAAA